AAAGUCGGAUCCAAGACAGUUCUUUCCUGAAUAUUCACUCCCAUACAGCAGCUACCUUCUCCUCCUGCCACCUCUACUUGGCCCGUUGCCACCGUCAAUUUCGCCGGAACGGCGGCCGGAAAGUCAUUCGUCGGUGGGUUUUAGCUCCCGAGCUAUCUUCUCGCCUGAAUCUCAGUGUUUAGAAAGCCCUAAUAAAAUUUUAUAGGGAAAGGUUAAAACCCUUUUAAAACCCUAAUUCUCUCUUUGGAACCACAAAAAACUUCAGUCAUGUAUGGUGGUGACGAAGUAUCGGCAAUUGUGAUUGACUUGGGCUCCCACACUUGCAAAGCUGGUUAUGCUGGCGAAGAUGCUCCCAAGGCCGUGUUUCCCUCCGUUGUUGGAGCAAUUGAUCAGAUGGACAUUGAUGAACCUGAUAAUGCUGAAAAGAACUCUGCUUCUUCUGCGGAUUCGAAAAACAAUACCAGAAAUCCUGAUUCUGACAAAACCAAAGGAAAGCGCAAAUUGUAUGUGGGAUCACAGUCCUUGGGAUACCGCAGAGACCAUAUGGAGGUGCUGUCACCGUUGAAAGAUGGCAUUGUUGCUGACUGGGAUAUUGUUGAUAGCAUAUGGGAUCAUGCUUUCAGGGAAUGCCUUUUGAUUGAUCCUAAAGAGCAUCCGAUGCUACUUGCAGAACCUUCUUCUAACACUCAACAACAGAGAGAAAGGACGGCAGAACUAAUGUUUGAGAAGUACAGAGUGCCUGCUUUGUUUUUGGCCAAGAAUGCUGUUCUUACAUCUUUUGCAUCAGGGCGUGCCACCGCAUUAGUCGUUGAUGGUGGUGGAGGAUCAACUACUGUUGCACCUGUCCAUGAUGGUUAUGUUCUUCAAAAGGCAGUUGCAACUUCUCCUAUUGGAGGAGAGUUUCUUACGGAUUGCUUGAUGAAAAGUUUGGAAAGUAAAGGUAUUCUGAUAAAACCCCGGUAUUCCUUUAAGAGAAAGGAAAUCCGGCCUGGAGAGUUUCAGACUGUAGAUGUUGAUUUUCCCAAUACAACUGAAAGCUACAAACUUUACUCUCAGAGGGUGAUUGCUAGCGAUAUCAAGGAAUGUGUGUGCCGAGCUCCUGAUACUCCAUAUGAUGAAAGUGCAUACUCAAACAUUCCAAUGACCCCAUAUGAACUUCCUGAUGGCCAGACAAUUGAAAUUGGAGCUGAUAGAUUCAAGAUUCCAGAUGUUCUUUUUAAUCCAUCCCUGGUCCAGACUAUUCCUGGCAUGGAGAGUUUUGCAGAGAUUGCUCCUUCCGUCCGAGGUCUGCCUCAAAUGGUUAUAGAGAGUAUUAACAGGUGUGAUGUGGACAUCCGAAGAGAAUUAUUUAGUAGCAUACUGCUUGCUGGUGGUACAGCUUCAAUGCAACAAUUGAAGGAGCGACUUGAGAAAGACUUAUUAGAGGAAUCCCCUCAAGCUGCUAGAGUAAAAGUUCUGGCCAGUGGAAAUGCAACAGAAAGGAGGUUCAGUGUUUGGAUCGGUGGAAGCAUAUUGGCUUCUCUGGGCUCCUUCCAGCAAAUGUGGUUCUCCAAGUCUGAGUAUGAAGAACAUGGAGCAUCUUAUAUACAAAGAAAAUGCCCAUGAGUUGCUGAAGACAGGCUUGUUUUGCCAUUGGUGAUCAAGAUGACUUCAUGAGCUCGUCUUCCCACCAUUAUCCCUCUGCCACUAAUAUCUUCUCUUCUCGAUAAACCUUUCAUUUGGGUCUUUCACUAACCUAAGCACUCGGCCUUGCCAUGCUCGAGAGCCUAGCUGUUUCUGUAAUCUAUGCUCUGAUGUAACUUUACUUUGUAGUCUGUAUUUAUUAACAAUACUGAUUUGUCUCGUUUGUAGUAAACUGGCUUCCCCUUUCAUACAGUUCAGGCACAGCAUUAAAUCACCAUUUAGAUGAGUACUUAAUGAUGCUAUAUGCUUAAUUCUUUGGUAAUUUGUUCUGGUUAUAUGUGGCAAGAGUCGUAUAAUACUCAUUCAGCCCUUAUUU